CCUCCUUACUAUAAGCCGGAUCCAUCCAUCCAUAUACCUACAGUAUUACCUGAAAUGCCACUCUGCCAUACGGACUAUAGCGGCUUCCAGACGGGGAGCACGAGCUACAAGAGCAGCCCAAACUUACCUGGCCCGGCGAUAGCGGAUCUCAAUCAGCCACCUCUGACCAACCACACACCAGCACCUAUGAGCGCGCAGCCCCGAUGCGAACCUAACUACUAUAACUCUUGGCCAACAAACACCUAUAAUUACAACAAUUAUCAAUACAAUAAUAUAAACAACAAUCCGACAUGCCUGCAAUCACACACGCCGUAUAUCAGUCCAAAUCCACAAAUGAUCCUACCUAAUCUAUACUCAACCGUCAAUCAGAAUCAAAUACACGUUCAUUUGCACAGCACUACCGAUAAGCAUAAUAUCGAACAAUACAUCCCUAGCGAAAUAAAAAUUAGUGACAUCGAUGGCGGGAUCUCUAUAACGACGGAGUUACAAGGUGCUGGAGAAACGAGCGGACUUGUGCAAACUUGUGAAGCGUCAGAUGAUGUUAAACAUGGACUAUAUGGUGCCUCCAAUCAAGAAGUGUGGCGGCCUUAUUGACAGUUUAAUAGAUAUACUAAGUAUUAUGAAAACAUUCCUUUGUACAUAUUGUGAUAUAGUUAUUCCAAUUGCAAUCAAUGAUAGAUUUUAAAUACAUAAUUGUAAUUAUAG